GAAGUAGUGUCUUAACGAAAACGAAGAUUUCGCUUCCCAAGUAGCUUAUGUUGUGGAAAUUGCUGACUACUUGAAGUCGCCGUUACCCAAUAAUCGCCGAGAUCGUGAUUAGAAAUCGAGAUACUCGUUUCGCACUGAUCUGCAAAGUAGCUUGUGCAUCUGCUCAAAAUCUUCAGGUACAUAUCAGGGGCUAUCAACAUAGAAAGGUUGAACAAAUUUUAAAAGAAACUUUAGAUAGUAAAAUGGACAGACCUAUAAAUCCUGUAAUGAACAGUACUGAUGCACGAACCCUUGAUGAAUACAUUAUGUCUUGGAAUGUAGAUGAACCCUUGAUUGGACUCAAUUAUGUAAUUGAAUACCAACGUGAUGGAGGAAGAGAGCCAAUGUAUGAAUGCACAUUAUGUGACUUUACAGGAUAUCUGCGCAUAUUUGUUUUACACCUUGGUGGUUUCAAGCACAGAAUGAAUUAUAUGACAAAAGAAUAUCCAGAGAUGAUGAAAUGGGAUGGAACUAAACUAAAGCAAGAGGAAUUGUCCGAUAUUGUUAAAGAAAGAGCUGCUAUUAUUGAGAAAUUGGAAGGAAGGAGGAGCAUGCAGGUCGUCAGAGGACAGGAUCCACCCAGCACUAUUGGUAUGGUUAAAAGAGUCCCACUUCCAAGCAACAGUUGGCAGCAAGAAUGGGAAAGAAAUCCCUCGAGGAUGGAACAAGAAUUGAUCGAAGGUAUAAGGAACCAAAGAGAGCUACCUAUGAGAAACGAGAUAAUGUUUUCAAUUCCAAGAGAUGAUGGGCAGUAUGGAGCAGACUUCAGAACUUCUGAUAACUUUUCUGAUUGGAGGAGGGAUGGUAAAGACUUGUAUGGAGAAAAUGUUGGAGCUACUGAUAGAUUUGCAGAUAACAGAAUGCAAUACAGAGAAAAUAUUUCAAGUGGAUAUACCGACUGGCAUAGAAACAACGAAGAACAAUAUGUAGAACCCACUGUAGGUUAUAAUCAAUAUUCUAACCAGCGAAUAGAUGAUAGAGGAGGACCACAUGGAGAUCAUAUACAAGAAGCACCUGGAUAUGCUGACUGGAGAAAAGUCCACCAACAGGAAUCUGGAAAUGAUUUCAGGAGUUCAGAGAGAUAUUCAAAUACAAGAAAUGAUGAGCAGCCUCCAUAUUUAGGUGAUGGUAGAUGCACAGACUACAGGAGAAAUGAUCGAAAAUAUGAAGAUGAAUAUAGUGCAAGAGAACAAACUGGGAAGUCAGACUACUGGAUGGAGCAGAAGGGUGAAUUUUCCCAACCACAGAAUUUUUCAGAUUUGGGUGAUCCUAAAAGAAAGAAACUGUAUGACUAUUUGCAAAACUUUAAGAUAAAAAGUGAAGAUGAUGCCAGUUUUGUUCUGAAGGUGACAAAAACUUUGAAAGAUGCCUUAAUCAGUUACUAUCAAAAGAAAGAAACUGACCCAGCCAUGAGGGCAACAUUGGAUCAGAGAACCACAAGAUCCAUCGGUACAUCAGAUGGCUAUUCCAGAUAUAAUCCUGAUGUGUCAGCUUCAGCGGUACGAGACUCAGAAAUCUCCAGAGGUGUUUAUGAUUGGAAGCAGGAUACUUUGGCAACAAACAUGAGACAAACACAUGAUUCCACUUUGUACCUAUCCUCUGCCACUUCUGCCAGAGAUUCUGCAUUGUAUUCCUCUUUAAGCAGAGGCUAUUCAUCAGAUUAUAAAUCCAAUACACAGGAUGUAAACUGGGGAACAAAUGCAAACAAUACCUAUUAUGGUCGCUAAGUUCAUAGCAAAGGUAUAUAAAGGAUUAAUGGAAGGAUAGGGGUGUUCAUUCUGAACAUGGCACAGCUGCAGCACACCACAAUCAACAAGCGCCAUGUAUAUCUUUUCCACUGAUUUAUCUGUGGGUUUUUUCCAGUUUUCCUUAAAUAUUCAGUACCUCUUUACAGAUUAACUAUGAGGUGCAAUGCGUAGAUCACAUAACGGUCCUCUUUGCUCUGUUUGAUGUAUACAAUUGAAAUGAAAUGAAAUUAAUAUCCUUUCCCAUUCCCACACUCCCUGCUACCCCCACCCCUGUCCUGAACCCCCAAACAUAGAUGCUGUUUUAUUGAUAGUAACAUGAUCCAUCAGCAAGCAAGCCAUAUUACUGGAAUUAAUGAUUUAAUAGCUUCCUUAAUUUUGCUUUUCUCCUUUCAUUCCAUACAACAUAUCACCCGAUGCUCCUUGUUUUUUGUUUCUGAUGGUCUCAGGGGGUGCAAUUCUACAGGCACCAGUAAUUGUUAAUCUACCUGACAUGUAAACAUUUAAAUCCUGGCAGGCAUCACAUUUGUCCCCAAAUGCUGUCAAUAAGUGUAUUUGUAGUAGGAAUCACUUGUGACAUGAAAAGCAGGACUCCUGUCUGCCUUUCUCUUUCCCUAGUCUCCCUUCUCCAACUCCUACCUUCCCUAACAAGGACCACACAGACCACUGCUUUCUGAUCCAAAAUCAACCAACACUGCUUUUACUGGACUGGCCAAUCCUUAUGGUUUAAUCACAAGUUUAGGAUGAGAGAUGCACAUUUCUGAUUUUUUUUAAAAUCCAACAUGAAGUUGCACACUGCAAUUAACAACUGGUGGGCGAUGUCCAAAAGAAAAUUCAAUUAUAACGCAUUCAGAUGAUUUGAUGUUUUCAGAACAAGUCAAUCAUAACUAGGUUAAGAACCUUCAUAUAUUGUUCACAUACCUGAUGGGGAGCAGAAGAAUCUUUUCAACAAUUUUAUUUAUUUCAAUUGGUCAAACAUUCAGCCCACUUAGAGUUUAAAUUGAAGACACAUCAGUGUCUUUCCCUCAGACACACUUGCCUUGUCCAUCAGAUGCUAAUAAGAGAUAACAUUCAGAAAGGGGAGCAGAAAGCAGUGAUAUAAUGAAUUGCAUGGCAUUGAUUUUGGGGGUGGGGGGCUGGGGGAAGGUUCCCUUCAUUGCUAGUUUGUGAGAAGCCUGGAAAACCAGCAAAAAUUCUUAAUUAUCCGGUUAAACAAGAAUGUUAAAUUCUCCCCAUGCUGUGUUGGUUAUAGCAGUCUUAACAAGUGCCCACUGCUUUCUAAUAAGCAAAAGCUUCCUGCUGAUGGAUGGAAUGAAGCAUCUAUGAUUUGAUAGCUGUGGACAUUUUAUGCAAUGACAGAUGAUUACGGAUGAGUUUCAGGAUAAUUAUAGCAACAUUCAAAUAUAAUGCUCAUUGAGCAGUUCAAAAUAUAGACAUCUAUUGUUUCUACACCUGAAUAUUUUUAAAUGUAUUACUAACAUAAUGAGUUGAUUUUGUCUUCUUGUUGAACUUGGUAGUAGAGAAAAUGAGUGCAGGCAAUGAGACUAAUUUUGGAAAACAUCAUGAAGGCAGUCAUAAUACAACAUGAUUGGUUAAUUAAUGUCAAAAAGCUGCUGUUGGUGCAUGAGAGUGAUUUGUAUUUUUGUCAUGUAUAUAAUAUAUGGAUUUCUAAAAACCUGGGUUGAAGAAGCAAUUUUUCUGCUGGGCAUGAGCAGAAUGGUACAUGUGCCUGAGUUUAUUUUGUUAAUGUUUUCAUUAGCUUGACUUCAUAGAUUAACAAAGUUAAUUUCAGAAAUGUGUGUACAUACAUGCAUCCAAAUAUAAAUAUCCUAACGCUCAUACUUAUUUUUGUGAAAAUGUUAACUAAUUGUUUGUCGGAUUUUCCUUGCAACUUUUAAAUGGAACAACCUUUUCAUCAGUUAUACUGUAUAUGUGGACAUUGAUUCGUAUUAGAAAAGAUAAAUAGAGAAAUAUACAUGAUCAUAGAUCACUUCCUCAAUUGGACAAUUCUAAGUAUGCAGGUAUUGUGAAUUUAGAUUAUUUUAAAGUUGUACCAUAUAUUUCAAAAAGAUUGUUUUAAUCUCCAAUUGGCAGCUGUGAUUAUUUUCAGAGCUGUAACUCUUUUCACUUUGAAUCAUUUGGCAUUGGUAUUUAAAUGUUUGUUAGUGCACAGUUCAAGAUUUUAUCUAUAGAAUAGCCAUCUUAUUUUUCUGUGAACUGUAUUUUGAAUAAGAUGGUUUCCAGUGUUGAAAUGAGAUGUUUUAAACAAAAUGACUACCCAAUCCUGCAAUUAAGUGAAAGUACUUUUUUUAAUUAUUGAAAGAUGUAUUCAAAUUCUUUUGUGAAAUUAACAAGAAAAAUUACAGGUUUCUGUUAUUGGCUUGGCCAGCUUUCCCACCAUAUAGAACUAAGUUCUAAAUUAACUUCCCCAGUCAGUAUUGACUUAGUGAAAUUAAGGAACUAUAACAGGUCGCUGUACCCAUCAGUUAGGGAGAGGGACUGUUGGCUGGGCCCUCUACCCUGGUUAAGAUUCAGCAAAUCCUGUUGUAGACUCUUGCAGCUAUUGAGUUGUAGUAAGAUUAAUCUCAACUCGAGCAUCUUCCUGCAGCUAGCCUAUUUUUAAAUAAUCCUGGCAGACCGGCAUGCCUAAUAUUUACACUCUUUGGUAACUGCAACCCAUGCAGAGUGAGAAGAACAGGUGAAAAUUGGUGAGGAAGUAAAAUCUGCAAGAGUUUGCAUCUCUUAGAAUUUUGUUCUAAAAUGCAAACAAGAAGAAAAGGAAGAAUAGCUGCAUUUAAGUGCUGGCAGCAACUCUAAUAUUUGUAAAUAUUAGGGAAUAGAUUUUUACUUGUUCCUUUGUAGUAUUGUUUGUGUAUACUUUCUCACAGGGAAAGGCCAUAAAUAUAGUUAGGUCGGAUACUGUAUGAAAAUUCCCAAUCAGAUUGUUUGAGAAAUCUAAACAAGAUUUCUCCUUGAUCCUUGAGCUCCUUGAUCUGAGCUGAAGUCUGCUGGGUUAGGACAAUUAGUCCAGAAAUGUUAAACUCAUAAUCUCUUAUACAUUAAAGUGGCAAUUAAAUGACAGUACUUGUUUAGUAAAUGUAAGAAAUGCCACAUAAUUUUAUGUAGACUCUAAAUUGGUAAAGUAUACAAACUUGUAUUAAAGGUUCAAAUUGUGUAGAUUUGUGUUUCCGAGAAGGAUUUUUUUUUACAGAAUUUGGAAUAUUUUCCUGUUUAUUUUGGAUUAUUCUGCUAAGCAUCAGUUGUAUGCAUUUUAGACUGUAGCUGAUGGAUUUAAUGGCUUUUGCAUCCAGAGCCAGCUAGCAGCUGUUUGCCCUUAAGAUAUUCUAACUCAUGAAAUAAGUGAAGAUUUUUUUUCCUUGUUGAGACGGUGUAUUUGUAGAUUGGAAAUGAUUGACUUCACAGAAAUGUGCAAAUGCAUUCCUAAAGUGCAACAAAUCUGCCUCAUGAUGCGUGUAAAAUAUCCCUGAUUAUCUUUUUGGCCAAGGAUGGUGGUUACUUCUGCAAUCAAAAUGUCGCUGAAGCAUUUGUUUUAAGUCUGCAAUCGGUUCAGUCAUGUAAAUUACAAUGUAUUGAACAAGGAAUAUCAUUUUACUGGUGGAAAAUUAUUUGAAAGCAUAGUAGAUGUUGAGCAAUAAUUUGAUGUUUGAGAUGUAAACCUGUUGGGAAAUUGAUCUAUCUUCUAAAGUUUCUUGAAUACUUGAGACUUGCAUUAUCAUUGCUUCUUAGUUUUUGUGAAUGUACAAGAACCAAAAUAAAUAGAAA